GAUUGAAGUUUUAUGGAUUUCUUAAACACCUGGAACUUCUAGAUUAAGGAUGCCGUUCAUCGACAUAGCCUUCCAGGCCGAAGUCAGCCGGUUCGAAGACCCUGAGUUCUACGAGUGCGCGCGGAGGAACUGCAAUGAGGAUCCGGAGACCAGGCAGAAGGCGAUUGAGGAGCUGCGCCGCAUGAUCUACGAUCGAGGGCAAUGUAAGCCGCGGCGUAUGGACGACGCGUACCUGCUUCGGUUCCUGCGAUGUAGAGCGUUCAUACCCGCGCUGGCGCACAAACUGAUGGUGCGCUACGAAGACUUCCGGCGCAAGAACGCCUACCUGUACGACUGUCCCGCGUUCGGCCUGGACAGCGUGACGGGCGUGUACGGCGGCACGCUGCCCGAGAGCCCCACGCACGGCCGCAUCACGCUGAUGAGGUUCGGCAGAUGGGAUCCCGACCGAGUGCCGAUAGUCGACGUCGUCCGCUGCGCGCUGCUUAUGGACGAAAUAGCGUCCAUGCAACCAAAACUGCAAAUCCUGGGGGUCACUAUCAUUGUGGACUUGGAAGGACUCAGCAUGCGCCACGUUAGACAUCUUACUCCGACCAUCGCUAACCAGAUUGUCAGUUUAAUGGGAGUAUCCUUCCCCAUACCCAUCCACAGGCUCCACGUGAUCCGUUACAACUGGUUCCUGCACACCUUCUUCUAUGUUUUCAAACAGUUCAUCCCAGCGGCAGCUUGGGACAGGCUGUACUUCCAUGGCUACGAUAUGGACUCCCUCCACAAGCAUAUAGAACCCGAGUACCUUCCCCCGGAGUAUGGAGGCAGCUGCAAAUAUGUGAUUACUACGGAGGAGUGGAUACGGGGAGUGAAUAGGUACAAAGAUGACUUUAUGGUGCAGGAGUUGAGAGCUUUGGGGUUUACAGUUAAUUAAUUUUAAGUAGGACGUUGGAGCAAAUAAGCAACGUUUGAGAAAAGCUUAAUUAAGCAAUGAGAACUAAUGCAACGGAUAAUGCUAAUAGAAUAUAAUGUACUGUAU